AUGGCGGCGGCCCUGCAAGCUAUCAGGGCUUUGCCACCUCCAUCCGAGAGCCUAGCUGCCUAUCAGCCAGCUUCCUUCCAGCCUAAUGAUCUAUCUGAUACAGGCUCCGAUACAGGCUCCGAUACAGCCAGUUCCGAUAACGAUACUCUACCGAUACUACCGCAAGCUAGCUUAGAUAAUAAACAGAUCUCUAAGGGUGUAGGCUUAGCCCAAUCUUCUCUAUCUCUCUCCAAGGCUGCCAGCUUCGAAGAUAUAGGAAAUAUGACAAAUCAAUGGUCUUUUCUGUCAGUCUAUCUAGCUGGCCAGCCAUCUGAUUUCUUACUUCAGAAGGCUUUGGCUACCCCAGCCUGGACUAAGGAGAUAGCAGCCGAAGAUAGACCUGAUAUAGAGCUCUCCCGGUCUAAGGUUCUAGGCUAUCUAGAGACUAGCAGCAACUGGCUAAAGGGCCUUCUAACCCUAACCCAUAUAGCUAGCGGUGCACCGGCUAGAGGUACAGAGAUAAAUCAGGUGAUCUGGCAAAAUACAGCUACCAACCAGCGGAAUUUAUUCCUAGAUCCAGUGAACCAUAUCUUCCUAAUCCGGCUAGCCUAUUCGAAGACCUUUAGCCGAAAUGGCCAAGAGAAAGACGCUGUACGGGCCUUACCACAAUCAAUCUCGUGGCUACUUUUAGCCUAUCUGGCCUAUAUUAGGCCAUUUGAAGAGGGCUUGCUGAUCUGGCUGCAUAAGCGGCUGCCUGAGGCCUAUUUUAUACUAUUCUAUGAUUACCGGACAGCUCAGCCGUUCUCUUCUAAGAUACUCUCACAUACACUGAAGAGUAUGAGCUCAGAAUUGAUUGCUCAGCGGAUCAAUAUAAAGGUCUGGCGGCAUCUAAUGCAAGGCUUUAUCCGUUAUGGGCUUGGUCUAGCCGAUCCGCUGGCCGAUUUGGGUACAGAUAGGCUAGAUGUGGAAGGCCUUGGAGCCGAACAGAUGAACCAUUCUCGUGGAACCGGCUUAGCUGUAUAUGGCCGAAAUAUAGCAAGCUUCCAGGGUAUCAGAGCAGAUAUCCAAACAGCUUUGAUUAGCUUUAGUCAACAAUGGCAUACCUAUUUGGGUAUAUCAGCUGAUCAGCUUAUAUUAGGCUCACUGUUCUAUAAUAGGCAAUCUGUGAAGCCCAAGGCCGAAGCCCAAGCCCAGCUAGCCUCUUCUAGUCUUCCAGAGCUUGUUUUACUACCCCUAGAGAGGCCGGUUGUACAAUAUCACUACCCUAUCCGUUUAGGGGCAGUCAGGCCUACCAAACAGGCACUCUCUCAGAGCCAACUGGGCCUAGCCAGCCAACUGGGCUCUCUCAGCCAACUGGGCUCUCUCAGCCAACUGGGCUCUCUCAGCCAACUGGGCUCUCUCAGCCAACUGGGCUCUCUCAGCCAGCCGGGCUCUCUCAGCCUGCCGGGCUCUCUCAGCCUGCCGGGCUCUCUCAGCCUACCGGGCUCUCUCAGCCUACCGGGCUCUCUCAGCCAGCCGGGCUCUCUCAGCCAGCCGGGCUCUCUCAGCCAGCCGGGCCUAGCCAGCCAACUGGGCUCUAUCAGCCAGAUCUGGAUGCCAGUCAGCGUAUACGCAGCCUAG